AGCAGCAUAAAAUGUGCAGUCAGUUUCAUUGCAAACGUUCGGCCGCUAAGACGUGUUUUCUCGGUGCUAGUGUAAUUACGGUGAAGCAAAGUUUCGCGCCUUGCGUACGUAAAUGUACCGAGCGCGUGUUGAACAACGAGGCGAGUGUUGACAUGUUGAGCAUGAAGUGCUUGUGCUGUUUCUGAAUCGUUUUCACCGGUAAACGAGUAGUAAAGCCGUAAAGUACAGUGUAAUCACAGGCACAGAAGAAAUAGUAAUCAGUUUUCAUUACCAAAAAAAAAAAAAUAAAAAAAUACCAAGUUCAAGUGAAAGUGUCGGGUAACGAUAACCUUGUACCAGUGGAUGAUUGUGUCCGUGGAAAGUCGCACAGAAUAAAGUAUGCAGGGCCAUGUGUCAUGUGGCGAGGUAAAAGGUUAGCCGCGGUGCAAAAGAAGUCGAUGCUAUCAAGAGUUCAGCCCGGAUCGAAACCGUAAAUGCGCUUGUGAUGGAAUCAGUCGGGAUUAAUCACAUUAAUCGUGCCGAGAAUUGAUGCAGUGCCAGAGAGUUGGAUUACUUACAGUGCAUUUACUCAUAGUGAAGGCAGACAUCAUACAGCAAGGGUGGAAGUGUGUUUGUGUGUUACUAGCAGCGUAAAUGUGAUGUUAUGGCUAAGUGAAGAUCAAAGUAAUCUCGUUCCCGGAUUAAGCUGAGUAAACGUGGAAAAUGUGUAACUCUUUCGCGCAGUGGCAAACGGCUAACGAUAUUUUUCGACGGGUGCAGCAGAGAAAGAAUAAAACAAGUCUCUCCAUUUGAUUCGAAUGCAAUAAACGGCCCUAGAGUAUGAAGUAAAACGAAAACAUCCAUCUGCAGCUGUAUGAAUCGUCCGACAUCGUCGACUAUCAGCAUAGCAUGUCGGCAGCUAAGAAAACUGGGGAGGAAUAAUAUUUAAUGAUAUGGCGUAAUUACCAGCGACACACUAAACAUAUGAACACUUACCAAUUGUAAGAAGGAAGCAGUAGUAACGUAGCCAAAGAUUCAAGCCCUGCCUGUAAAUUAUGAUGAAUCUUUUAUUAUGAUCCAAGUCAACAACAACAUAAAUUUGCAACCAGAUCACCGACGAUGAUACAUUCCUUAAUACUUCAGCGAUCGAGCAGCGUAUCCUCUGUCAGAAGAAUACCUUAAUCUUCCUACAGCGCCGCUUAUAACAUUGUUGAACAUCUCACCCUGCUUCAAACACCUUCUGAGUUCGUACAAUGAAUGUUUCUUGCAAAUUACCACAUUUCCUUCAGCUAUAUUUUAUUUGUUUUGUCGGGAUGGUUGGAGUUUGGACUCUGGAAACCAAAGACCAUCAUCGGACGGACGUCCUACAUCUGCCCACAGCCUUGCCAUUUGGUUUCGAGUCGCGUAAAGAUACCGCUUUGGAACAAUAUAAAUCACCGUCAUUUGACGACAAUGGCCACAGGCGAUCGACUUUCAAUCGACAUCAAUCGCAACCCCAUCCAAACCCCUUUCAAACUGAAGCAAAAUAUGGCAAAGCACAGCAACGAAAACUUCACAAAAACUACGACACACUCUUUCCAUUACCUGUGGAAGCAAAAGAUGAGCUACAUACGGCCGAUAAGUCGGAAAACAAUCAAGCGGAAAUGAAACUUUCCCAUCGGCAUCAUCAACCAGGAAGUGAAGACAUGAAGUUAGGUGAAGGUGUCCACAAGGCGGCUCGCAUGCUUGACGACCGGCUUCCUGUGGAUGAUGAUGUUGUUGAUGCUGCCAAGGACGAAUACUAUGACGCUGCAAGCCGAGAAGAGAACGAAGGUGAUAAUUAUGAGGAUGGUAAAAUAAUCAAUUCGGGUGCGUUGGACAACUUUUUCGGCGGGAAAUCAACGUCCCCGUCGAGUGGAGCGUCAGGUGCAGAGGGUGAAUAUCGCAAGGGUUCGAAAAAUGUGCAUGAUUAUAAAAGUGGAAAUACCGAGGGUGCUCUGGAAUCGACUGCACAAGAAGAGCUCGACGAAGAUGAAGAGGGGGACGAAGAUGAGGAGGACGAGGAAGAAGAUGACAGUGAAGUGUCAUAUGGCGAGGAUGUGCUUCCACCAAGUGAAGCGUUCGGCACCUUUGGUGGAAAAGCUGACGGUGGCUCGAAAGUGGAGGAGACGCCGUACUUUCUGGUCGAGCCGCAGAGUACUUAUGUGAUCCGGAGCAAGCCAGCCGUCCUGAAGUGUAAAGCAGCCAACACACUGCAGAUACAUUUCAAGUGUAGUGGUAGUAUCAAGCCUCCACCCUCGAUCGAAGAAUCGCACGUAGACCCUCACAGUGGCGUUCACUUUCAGGAGGUGACGGCCACAAUAUCCCGCGACCUGGUGUACGAGUACUUCGGGAAGCUACCGUUCAAAUGCGAAUGCCACGCCUGGUCCCCUCGCGGAAAAGCCGUCAGCCAGCCGGCCUCGAUAAUUGUUGCGUAUUUGAAGAAAAACUUCGAGCUUCAAGAAACCAAAAUGCGUGCUGAAGUUGGAGAAAAGCUGGAAAUUAAGUGUAUCGCUCCAAAGGGUUAUCCAAAGCCCCAGAUUACAUGGUUGAAGAACAACUUCACCGUCACAUCAAACCCUCUAUUGACCUUCACCACAGAAGGAAACAUUGUGAUAACAAGUUUGAAUCUUCAGGACAUAGGAAAUUAUACGUGCAUUGCGGAGAACAUAGCCGGAAAAAGGACAUCGGAAUCAAUCGAGCUGAUCGUUUUUGUAAACGGAGGAUGGAGCCAAUGGAGCGCCUGGCUGGAGUGUCGUUGUCCGGGAAAACCAGCCCAGGGAAGGAAGCGUACCAGAACCUGUAGCGAUCCCAUUCCUCUGUAUGGGGGAGCACCCUGCGUAGGUCCAAACCAACAGAAAACGGCCGAUUGUGUAACAUGUCCAGAAGAUACCCAAAUAAUCACUCCGAAUGGAUUCGAGGAUAACGCAUUCGUACGCCGUUGGUCAGCAUGGUCUGCGUGGAGCUCGUGCACUAACAAAUGCACCCAAUCAAGGAGACGAAUCUGCCGCACGCAAAACAUGGACUACUACGAUAAAGCGCUUGUGAAGCAUCAUCAACAGUUGGCAGCUCUUAUGGAGGAUCACGACGAGCAGGAGAGCAGUGCCUACGGUUGUCACGGGAAGGACGUUCAAACCAUCGUUUGUCGAGGUGGCGAAUGCAGAAUAGAUGACACAGCUUCUGAUUGGAUCUUUUAUCUCGGGCUCGGGUUCAUAGUGACACUCUGUUUGACAUUCCUGGUGUUUCUGCUGCACAUGCGACACCGACAGAAGAUACCAACGUACUCCAUCACUCGGACGACACCGGAUCAGCACACAUACACACACGAGUUUCAAAAGAAGCUUACUCUCUCCUCAAACCCCCCGGACAUCAAUAUACGCGUCAACGGCUACGAAUACUCUAACGGAAGCACCAUGGAAGCUCCAAAAAUACCGAGUCAGAGUGUUCCAUUACUUCUGACCAGAUCCACAUCUGAACAUCACUACGACGAACCGCAAUUCAACUCGAUGCAAGCGAUUCAGACAGCAAAUAAGGACGACACGGGUACGAAUGUGUACAACCAACAAAAGGUUGGGUCGGGAGUGGUUCUUCAGCAUCAUUACCAUCAGUAUCACUCACUCGAGCAGAGUCACCUUCAACGUCAGAUAACAUCGUCACCUGCCGUCCAAUCUCAAAAGGGUCAGUAUCGCAGCUCCGAAUCGCUGUCGGGGACGUCCAACACAAAUACAUCGAACUCAACCUACGCAAUCGCUACGACGGAUUCCUUGGACACGUCCAGUUCGUCCGAGGCCAUGUACAAAUCGAACUCUGCUCGUCAGGUUGUCACCUCGGAGGGGGGUUGGUUGGAGUUGGAGCAUCUGCAAACAUCGCUCUCCAUCCCCGAGGGAGCCAUUCCAACGGCGCUAAGAAUAAACGUUUUUCUGGCGGUCAUGUACGACUCCAAAGAUACGAUACUAGUCGAAAAUCAGGUCACCCACAUCAGUCCCACGAUUGUGUGUGGGCCAGCAAAGAGUAAUUUCUCCAAACCGCUCAUCAUCAAGGUUCCGCAUUGCGCCGAGGACAUUGCCAGCUGGAAGGUAUCGCUUUUCUACAAAGAGGAAGUGACCAACUGCUGGAAAAAGAUUGCGUCAUCGGAGAAUGACGUUCCCAGUCCUCAGGCCUACAUUCAGCUUGACCAGCACAAUGCGUACAUCAUGACGCGGAAGCUCGGCAAGUAUCUGCUCGGUGGUGAAAGUCUUGCGUCAGAGGUGAUCGUCACCAAGCGACUGAAGAUCGUCAUGUUCGGUCCGGUUAGAAAACCGGAAGCCGACUUCAAUAUUCGCGCCUAUGUGCUUGAGGACUACCCGAGUGCUUUGGAGCACUGCAGUGGAAUCGAAACUAGACUGGGUUAUUUCCAGAUCGGACAGAGCUCACCGUUUCACUUCGCUAACAGUAAAGAAGCGAUGACACUGCGCAUUAACUGUUCCGGCGGCUGGACGACUGCGGCCAAAUGUUCUGCGCAGAAGAUCCCCUUUAAUCACAUCUGGAAGAACAUGGCGAUCUUGCACUGUGAGUUCUUGUUGCACAAAUUGACCGAUGAGAUGCCUUGUUUACGAUUGGAACUAGCUGCCGAGCAGGACAACGGUGCCAAAGUACUUAUCACGUCAGUGGCAUUCUCGUGAUAGUACAUAGCGCGAGCUCUCCAGAAGCUGAUGACAUUGUAAGAGGUGCAACUCGGGCAUGCAAACAUAACCUCAUGAUUCCUUAGCAGAUGUGUGCAUCCAUUUAAACAUUUAUUAUUUAACCAAAAGCCCAUAAACAAAGCCAACCCUUAUAGAAGUUACUGUUAGCUGCGCACCAAGUUAGACAUUGUCGCAAGGCGAAAACGAAACAAUGCCGAGGCCAUUACAUAGCGAAUAAACCUAGAACUAGAAUCUCACCCUCAUAUACAAAUAGCACAUCGUCACAAGUUGUUGAUUAACGCAUAUACCGUGUUCAGUUGUAGCGAUUGUUCUAAAAGGAUCGAACCGAAAGGCGAUCAAGUUUCCUGCGAAAUGAUCGACAAAGGUAGUCGUAGAACAAGUCGAAAUGCCAAAUAUUCGGAGAUUUGGAAGAGGAAACGUCAUGUAUGCCGAAAUGUAGUUAUCAUCGCCGUUCAAAUUAGAUAUACGCUCUCGGUCAGCGGCACCAGCAGUGCAUUAUUUGAGUUGUACAUAAUAAAAUAAAAGUUGUACCGGUUAGCGACGAUCUAGGUUAAGGUACUGUUUCCCACGGAUGUCCUCGUUUCCGUAGCUCUAUUGAUAAAGACUGAUUGUGAGGAACAAUAAAAAGUUGGCAUAGAAAUACUGGUCAAA